AUGAGCAGAAAUGAGGAUCAGAAAGCAGCGGUACCUUUCCUAGGCCAGCCAGGCAACAGAGACUGCUCGCCUGUGCUUCUCACCGAGAAAGACCCUUUUUCUGGAGUUACAGCGCAGCCAAUCAACGCCGCAUACUAUAUGCCCGGCGUGUACAAUGGCGGCUAUAGCCACGAGCCGUAUGGACAUAACGCAUAUAUAGAUGCGGCAUACGUCGACACGCAACAGUUCCCAUACUACGGUGGUUACACCUACACGCCUUACUAUGCAGAUGGUCAGGCCUAUCGUAACUAUGCCUAUCAGUCAAGUCAGGCCUAUCCGGGUGCAUAUGGACCUUAUCCGGGCGCAUCUGGAGCCUACAGACCAUACCCACAACCACAACCGUCGCCUCCACGAAGAUCACGGACAGCCCCCAGUCGUGGAGUUCCGUACCCUGCACGGACGAACGUACCCUCAUCGCGGAAAUCCCGAGGGGUCUCAGCUGAUCCGUACGAUAAACGGCAGUACAAGGCAGUUUCCGGUCCCAUGAAGAAACCGUCACCUGCCUAUAGGAAAUCCCGUGAUCCUUAUACGUAUCGGUUAUCGCAAUAUCAGGUA